GCGGGCGCGCUUGAGAGCGGUCUAAAGCGGCAGUGGAGGGAGCUCGGCGAUGGGGAGCGGCGGUGGUGAGUGCUGGCGGGAGCCGGGUAGGCGAUAGGUCAUACGGAACGGAGGCCGGAGGAGCAUGGACUCGGGCCCCUGUGACCCGGGAGUGCGCGUCGCAUCCCCCAAAGCACGGGGUAGUGAUCCAUUGUAGGUGUGCCAAGUGUUUCUGUUAUCCUACUAAACGAAGAAUCAAAAGAAGACCCAGAAACUUAACCAUCUUGAGUCUCCCAGAAGAUGUACUCUUUCAUAUCCUGAAAUGGCUUUCUGUUGGGGACAUCCUUGCUGUCCGAGCUGUCCACUCCCACCUCAAGUACCUGGUGGACAACCAUGCCAGUGUGUGGGCAUCUGCCAGCUUCCAGGAGCUGUGGCCUUCUCCACAGAACCUGAAGCUCUUUGAAAGGGCUGCUGAAAAGGGAAAUUUUGAAGCUGCUGUGAAGUUGGGGAUUGCCUACCUCUACAAUGAAGGCCUGUCUGUGUCAGAUGAGGCCUGCGCAGAAGUGAACGGCUUGAAGGCCUCUCGCUUCUUCAGCAUGGCUGAGAGACUGAAUACGGGUUCUGAGCCCUUCAUCUGGCUCUUCAUCCGCCCACCGUGGUCAGUGUCCGGAAGCUGCUGCAAGGCUGUGGUUCAUGACAGCCUCCGAGCGGAGUGUCAGUUACAGAGAAGUCAUAAAGCUUCCAUACUACACUGCUUGGGAAGGGUGCUAAAUCUUUUUGAGGACGAAGAGAAAAGGAAGCAGGCGCGUAGCCUUUUGGAAGAGUCUUCUCGUCAGGGAUGCUUAAUCAGCUCAUACCUCCUUUGGGAAAGCGACAGAAAGGUGGAUAUGUCCGACCCCGGACGAUGCCUCCACAGCUUCCGGAAACUCAGGGACUACGCUGCGAAAGGCUGCUGGGAAGCACAGCUGGCUUUGGCCAAAGCCUGUGCAGGUGGAAGCCAACUUGGACUGGAAGGGAAGGCCUGCAGUGAGUCGGUCUGCCAGCUCUUCCAGGCCUCCCAGGCUGUCAACAAGCAGCAGAUAUUCUCUGUGCAGAAGGGGCUCAGCGACACCAUGAGGUACAUUCUAAUCGACUGGUUGGUGGAAGUUGCCACAAUGAAGGACUUUACAAGCCUGUGUCUUCACCUGACUGUGGAGUGUGUAGACCGGUACCUGCGAAGGAGGCUGGUCCCCAGAUACAAGCUGCAGCUCCUGGGUAUUGCCUGCAUGGUCAUCUGUACCCGGUUCAUCAGCAAAGAGAUUCUGACGAUUAGAGAGGCUGUGUGGCUCACAGACAACACGUAUAAAUACGAGGACUUGGUGCGCGUGAUGGGGGAGAUCAUUUCCGCCCUGGAAGGGAAGAUUCGGAUCCCUACCGUGGUUGACUAUAAAGAGGUCCUGCUGACACUGGUCCCCGUCGCACCCAGAACCCAGCACCUGUGCAGCUUCCUCUGUGAGCUCACCCUGCUGCACACCAGCCUGUCCAUCUAUGCCCCAGCCCGCCUGGCCUCUGCGGCCCUUCUCCUGGCCAGACUCAUGCAUGGGCAGACACAGCCCUGGACCACUCAUCUGUGGGACCUCACUGGCUUCUCCUACAGUGACCUCGUACCCUGUGUCCUGAGCCUUCAUAAGAAGUGUUUCCACGAUGAUGCACCCAAAGACUACAGACAAGUCUCUCUGACGGCCGUGAAGCAGAGGUUCGAGGAUAAGUGCUAUGAGGAAAUCAGCCGGGAAGAGGUGCUGAGCUAUGCUGACUUGUGCAGUACAAUAGGAGUAAAACAGGAAAGCCCAGAGCCCCCAUCUUUCCCUAGCUCAGGGGAGAUCCACACCUUCCUCAGCUCGCCCUCCGGGAGGAGGAGCAAACGGAAGCGAGAAAACAGCCUUCAGGAGGACAGAGGCAGCUUUGUCACCACACCCACCGCAGAGCUAUCGAAUCAGGAGGAGACACUGCUAGGCAGCCUUCUGGACUGGAGCCUGGAGUGCUGCUCUGGCUAUGAGGGAGACCAGGAGAGCGAAGGCGAGAAGGAGGGUGAUGUCACAGCUCCCAGCAGACUCCUUGAUGUCACUGUGGUCUACCUGAACCCAGAAGAACAUUGCUGCCAGGAGUCCAGUGAUGAGGAGGCCUGGCCAGAGGACAAGAUCCACCCAGCACCAGGCACCCAGGCACCUCCAGCCUCAGCUCCCAGGCCCCUUCUCUGCAAUCGGGGAGAUCGGGCCAAGGACAUUACGACCUCAGGAUACUCCUCUGUUAGCAGCUCGAGUCCCAUAAGCUCCCUGGAUGGUGGCAUGGGGGGCUCUCCGCAAUCUACCUCAGUGCUCUCUGUGGGCAGCCACUCAAGCACAAAGCCUUGCCACCAUCAGGCCAAGAAGUCAUGUUUACAGUGUCGUCCCCCAAACUCCCCAGAGAGCGGUGUUCACCAGCAGCCUGUAAAGCGCCAAAACCUGUCUGUACACAGUGACAAGGACAUGCACCUGGCUUCCUGAAGCUCGGAGUGUGUUAGCCUUCACUAUGGUGAAUGUUUACUGAGGGAGGGCUGCUGUUUCUCUAGGACACUGCCUAUGGGUACUGUGUAGAUCCUUAGGGGAGUUCAGUGCAAGCUGUCAGGACACUGAGCUCAGUGACCAGCUCAGCCUCUACGUGUUGGACAGCAGCCACCCAGCUGUCAUGCGCACCUGUGAAACCCAUCCCUGUCUACCCUUCUGUGUCCUGUUGUCUCCGGGAGCAUGAGCCUCUGUGUUGGCAUUCACUUUCUGAGGCCAGGAGCUGACAGCCUCCUUGGAAUACUAGCGGCCCAGGUGGCCUAACACAGUUCAAACCCUUGCUGGCAAGUCUUGUUUUAGACCAGUGGGGAGCUCUCAAGUGAAGACAGCACUCUCCUCCCACACCCCUUCAGCCUAGGGAGCCUGUGUCCCUGCAUAUCAGUGUUGACUGUAGCCUAAUGGUGUGUGAGGCCCUUAAAGCUGGAGUUGCAGGCAUCCCUGUCCCUCCCAAAGUGGUUUGUCUGUGUCCCAUUGUAUCCAUGUGACCGUAUCUCUGCACUGAAUUUCAAGGCCAUUCUUUGCCUGUCUUUAUUUCUACAUUUCUUCUAAUGGGGAACAAAAGGAAGCAUUUGAAAUAGAGGGUAUUGAAUAAAAAGAUAACAGAUCCCCAAUAUUACUGUGCUUCAACUGAAAAAAGAAAAAAUCUAGUCCUGCACAGUGCCUCUCCCGACUGUCCCGGCAGGCAGAAGGACUGCAAGAGGACCCGAAGCUCCAAGUCAACGGGGCCUGGGUCAUCUGACCUCAGAACCGGAAACUCCUACUCCCACCCCUUGGUUCUAGCCAUAUGUUCUUUCCUUGUGAAAAACGAAUCUUUCUAGAGGAUCACCAUAAACAAUCACUUGUAAUCCCCAAGGCCACAAAGAUGCAGGAGAGCGAGAAGUCAGAAGAGUUGCUGGGUUUGUGGCUGGAUUCCGUGGGGAGAAACCAGCAGGGUCUGGUCCCUUUGAGCAUGUCAGCGAAUGCUUUGCCUUGUGAUUUAUGAGGCAGCUGUCCUCAACACCUGGGGUGUCUGCUGAAGCCUGCGCAGAUAUGCUGACCCCUGAAGAAAGUACCAGGAGUGCCCCAGAUACCCUUGAACAAGUACAAACCCAUUAGCUCUCUGUUUUCUGUUCCAUCCCUAUGGCAGCUCUUUUUUACUACUGUUAGCAGCAUUCUGACCACCCUGCCGAGGCAUUUUGGUUGUUGUCCUACACCUCUGAGUGUUAACCUGGGAUGCGUCAGCCUCCUCCCAUGAGAGGGGACAGUAAUGCCUACCUCACAGGAAUGCCGUGAGGAUUAAAUGCAUGAGUGGUAAUUA